AACUUGUUCGCUCUGUAAAUAAUAGAGGUAAUGUCAUUUUAUAUUAGUUUGAAGUUUUCGGUUUUCUACAUCGGUAGUCUCAGUAUCAAUACAAAUAAUAUAGUGUACGAGGCGCUUUUAUUUUCAUCUUAGCAAAUGUUUAUAAUGAAGACCAUCAGUUAGUUCAGUGCUGUGAAAAGACAAUGUUUAUCUACGUUUUUAGAAAUUGCAUCUUAUUGUAAACAUUGAUGUUUAGAGAAAUAUUUAGGUGCUUGAAUUUCAUCUAAAACAUUUUGUUAUUGCUCAAAUUAAUGUGCUUGGCUAUAAAUGUAUGUUGGAGACAGUUGUGACUUGACCAGACAGGACCAGGGAUAAAGUGCGGCAAUAUGUUCAGGGUACUGGUCUUGUGUGUAGCGGUGGUGUUGAUUCCGGUGCGCGCUCAGCCAUCGUUUUGCUCAGAAGACGUCCAUUGCUUCGAAGGGUACUAUUGCGAAAAAGAAAACAAAAUAAAUGAAUGUCGAGAAUGCCUGUCCUGUGAGGAUCUCAUGAGGAAGCCCCCGGCGGCAUAUAAACAGUGUAUUAAGUCUGUCGCUGAUUGCGGGGACUGCAUCAAUAACUUGGUGGUGGACCGGCGAGCUGAUGUGAAUUCAAAGUGCGUGCCUCCUGACACCUCAGACCUGCAAUCUACACCGUCCUACGUGUGGAUAUUCAUUGGAAUCGGGGUCUUGCUGCUCAUUGCGCUCUUCGUCGGCAUCAUCGCCUACCUUGUAAUCUUCAAGACGCCUGACUAUGACAACCAGUCGAGUACGGUGACGGCGCGGAUCACGGCCACCGCUCCCGAGGCGCCGCCGCCCUACAACCCUUUACCACAGUCACCGUACCACUCACCAGUGUACACUGAUGUGGAAACCACUGCUUAUAAUGAAGACGAACAAUUCAUCAAGCGUCCCCUACCUCGACCGCAGGACACGCGGGAGUCGGCUGGGAAUCAAGCCGCCAGAGUUUAUAACAAGCCAAUAUAUGAACAAGAAAUCCCACCGCCCAGUCCUGAAUCACCUGUGCCGGAGUAUACGGAGCCAAUGACGCUACCAGCUCACGAGGACGAUGAGACGAUGCCCAGCCCGUGGAUGCCCGAUUCCACGACCAGCAAUGGAGACGUUCCCUAUGUGGUGACUGAGACCGGAGGUGGUGACGCGGACGGUAGCUCGUCCAACCUGCCCGCUCUACUGGCCGCCGCGAGAGACACCACGCUCGUCGAACAUCCUGCAGCUAAGAAACGAUGUAUCAGACAGGACUCCCUAAACAACAGAAACCGGGAUAAUGGUUCAUGUGGGGACAGCAGUCAUACCAGUUUCCCGCGAUCGCCGUCACCGAGUCAAGGACAAGGCGGGCCGCCAUACAGCUUUAUCACACAGAUUACAAACGUCGUGCAGAUCAACACUAGCAAGUGACGUCACGCCGCCAACGACAAUACUCCGCUACUUAGUCCAUAAUAAGGUGAAAUGACCAUUUUAUCUGUAAAGUUUGAAGUUUACUCCGAGAUCGUCAUUUUAUCUUAAAACUUAGUCUUAUUGUUAUUAGAGUAAUUGUGGAUAUUGUAAUUUUUUACUUUUUCUAGUAAAAUUGAAAAAAAAUGUUACGAAAAGUCAAAGAAAAUGCAAAAAAAUGUUUUAGGUAAGCAUCAAUGUUAGAUUGGUGCGUAUAAUGUGCCUUAUGGAGAGAUAUUCUUACCUAUUGAACUGUGAUGUAGAUUUAUGUGCGUAUAUACCGGUGCAUAUACCAGUCAUGUUCGAGAUCUGUGCGAUCAAUUCAUGAUCUCAGUAACGUAAUGUAAUGUCUUAGAUACGCCUAGUGAACAGUCGGUAGCUUAAACGAUGAGAGAGAUGGAAAAGACAUUAUUUAAUACUUGCUUGCUCAAGUUAUAUUAAUUUAGAAGAAUAUUUGGAUUGUUUUAUACUUUAGAAGUCGUUUAAGAAACCAGACUUUAAAGUAUUCAGUAUGGUUCAACGUGCUAUCAAAUUUAGGCAAUAAACUAGUGGCUUGUUACAUAAUAACUGAAUCAUUUGAAAUGUAAUAAGUAAUGUAUUAUUUAUUUAGCAUAAUAUCUUAAUUCUAAGCUUUCAAGGCUUGAAGAUAAGAUAUAAAUAAUGUUCUUCCUAUAUAGAAAAAUUGUACAUAAAGAUACUAAUGUUAUUUUAUAAAUGUUCCUUGAAGUUGCAAAAAGAUAUAUAAAAUACAAUUCGAAGUUAACGGUCUUUACAGGCCUUUAAGAUGUUUAUAGAAUAUUUCAAAAUGUGGCAAAAGGCGUUAGACUUGUUAAUUGUGUACACAAUGAACAAGUCUAACGCCCGAAUACUGAAACGUUACUCAUUUUUAAGUCACGCUUAAGUAUAGUUCUGUCACUACAUAUUCUUUGUAAAAUGACAGAGAUGGCACGAUAUUUAGCACGACUUAAAAUUGAGUAACGUUUCAGUAUUCUGCCAUAAAUUAAUCGUCUGUUGCAAUAUGAGUUCUCAGGUUUCUAUUGAUUCAAUUUAUUUGACACCAAUUUAUUAUAUAAUGUAAUUGUAAAAUGGAUGUCUUUGUUCUAAUAUCUUGUCUUAUAAAUGAAUAACUUAAUGCAAUUUAUUAUCAUCAGGGAUUGUGAUAAUUAUGUAUGUAGGUACUAUGCCCAAUAUAAUGUUUUACUAAUAAUAUUUCAUUCCGACUUUUACAACCUUAUUAGUUUUAGAUCUAUUUGACCUUCAGUCAAAUUAAAAGAUAAAUUAACAAUACAUUAAAAAAAUAUGCAACAUGUGCUGAUAUAAUUAAUACCAAGUUACAAGACAUGUUUUAUUUUUAGCAAGGAAUGUGCUACAUUUUUUAAUUAAAGUGAUAUUUUACGAAUAAUAAAAAGAAAAAUACAUUGUUUUCGAAAGAUGUGAUCAUUACAUUGAAUAAACAAGGUAAAACGAAUAUGUUCAUUAGAUUACAUAUUUUAUUCACUAUUACAACAAAACAAGAAAAUGUUCCAAUUUUUAAUGACUUAUUGCAUUUAAUAGGACAUACACUGUAUCUUUACGCUGAGGUACAAUUUGAUUUAUGUACUUACGAAACUAUAUUUGAUUAGUACAGUUUACCAUAUUGUAAUUAAACAUAUUUUAGCAUUUAUUUAAACACAAUACUUAGUUAUUGUGAUUGAUAUAUUUUAUGCCAAUGUAUUCUAGUGUGCUAUAUUUGCGUAGUUGCUUCCAUUAUUUUAGUUUAUUGUUUUGCAUGAUUUUUUUUAUUCUAACGCUGUGUUAUGUGCGUGUGAUCAGACCGGCCAUUAGGUGUAAAAAGUUUAAUAACAAAUCUGUUGCCUAGCAACAGUCUUUAAACUAAGAUGCAGUUACACCGGUGCUAAUAUUUUAGUAAAUAAAUAGUUUUUAUAUAUUACGUAAUUGGGCAACUGAUAUUUAAUGUUCCGUUGAUUACUUCGAUUUUAUUUUAAUUUGUAUCAUUUAAUAUUGAUUGAAAGUUUCCGAAUAUCAAAUAAAUACUCGCUUUAAUUCACUGCCUGUAUUCCUACAGUAAAUACGAUGCUCAUUACUUAAGAGAUGUAACUGAAGGCUGUGAAGCACUUAUUACAAGUUACACUAACUCUUUUGUUAAUUGUUAAUGUUAAGUCAUUAAUGAAUUGUCCUCCCUGCCGAGUUUUACUAUUCAUUAAUGAGUUAAAUGGGAUUUUAGUCUCUUGUGAAUAAAGUUGUAUGUAAAUAUUA